UUAGGUCGGAACUUUAUGCAGCACACUCCUAAAACUUGCUCCACAUUUGUAUCUGUUCGAAUGCGAACAUGACAAAUUUACCCACAUUAUCUUUCAAAAUAG